GGGUAUUUUAGAUGGAAGAGUAUUUUACAUAACAUAUAGUAGCAUCAUACAGAAGUUGUCAAUUGGUGCUAGACCAAAAUAUCCUGAACUUGAAGCUGAAUUAAUUGAAUGGUUUCGAGGCUCCAAUCUUAGCAUAAAACUCACUAAAACUAUUGCAAUUGCAUCUACUGGGUAUGAAAAUUCGAACUUCACAAUUGUUUUAGCCUGCUUGGUGGAUGGCACUAAGCUCCCACCUGUAAUAAUUUUUAAACUAGUUAAUGUAUCUCGUGAAAAAUUACUUGAUAAAAUUGAAAGCCAAGAAGAACCUGAAAAUCAAGAUGAUAAUAACAAUAAAGGUGAAGGUACAAAUGAAAGUGAAAGUGAAGAUGCAAAUGAAAGUGAAGACAAAGAUGAAAAUACAAAUGAAUAUAAAGAUGAAGAUACAAAUGAACAUAAAAGUGAAGAUACAAACGAAAGUGAAGGUGAAGAUGCAAAUGAAAAUAGAAUAGUUUAUGACCAUUAUUAUGAAGAAGGUGAAGAAUUAACUGUUAUUCAAGACUGGAAUUAA